GGUCUAUAGAAGGAUCCGCUCUUAGCAGAAACUUUUCCAUUUUUUCCAUUAACAAAGAUUGAAUUCUCGUCUUCUUGUUUAAGGGAUGUGAGUUCUCUGCGCUCAAGAUGAACUCCGUAUAGAACAAAUCUUAUUUUUAUUAGAUAAAUAUGGAUCCUAUAAUUAAAAAAAAAAAGUGUUUUAAGGGUCAAAACACAGUUAUGUUAGAAGAAAUCCAUUCGCUAAUUGUUAAUCACGCGCAGAAGCAUUCCCUCCAAAACCCAAACUAAACUACUUUGGGUUUUUAAAAGAAGAUGAACUACUAAUUCAAUCAAAAGAAUGAAUGAAGAUCCCAAUUUCUAAUACACUCCUGUUCAGAGUCCAUAGCAAAGUCCAUGAACACAAUUAUUCAACAACAGUCAACUCUAACCUCAAAACCUGGUUCGACAAAUACUUCGAAAAGACCAAUGUCUUCUCCUGGAACGAACUCAUCGCCGAGUUGGCUCGCGGAGGCGACUCACUCGAGUCUCUUCGAGCUUUCUCGUCGAUGCGAAAACUCAAUCUCAAACCUAAUCGCUUCACUUUCCCUUGCACGAUUAAAGCAUGCUCGGCUGUUCUUGAUCUUCACUCGGGCAAACAGGCCCAUCAACAGGCUCUGGUUUUUGGUUUCGAAUCAGAUUUCUUUGUGUCUUCAGCUUUGAUUGAUAUGUACUCGAAAUGUGGGCGUUUAAAUGAUGCAAAAAUCCUGUUCGAUGAAAUUCCUCAGAGAAGCAUUGUGUCAUGGACCUCGAUGAUUACUGGGUACGUUCAAAACGGCAAUGCCCAUGAAGCGUUAUUGCUUUUUAAGGAGUUCUUGAUUGAAGAGAGUGAGAGAAACGAUGAGGUUUUUAUGGAUUCAGUUGCUAUGGUUUCUGUUUUAUCGGCGUGUUCCCGUGUUCCGAGGGCGGGAGUGAUUGAGGGAAUUCAUGGGUUUGUGGUGAAGAGAGGAUUGGAUAAAGACAUAGGAGUUGAGAAUACGUUGUUGGAUGCAUAUGCAAAGUGUGGUGAGAUGGCUUCGUCUAAAAAUGUGUUCGAUGGUAUAAUUAAUAAGGAUGCAGUUUCUUGGAAUUCUAUGAUUGCUGUUUAUGCCCAAAAUGGUUUAUCCAGUGAGGCUUUUCAAACUUUUCAUGGGAUGAUAAUGGAUGGUGAUGUCAAAUACAACGCAUUUACAUUGUCUUCUUUGUUGCUAGCUUGUGCACAUUCCGGGGCUCUGCGUAUGGGGCAGUGCAUACAUGAUCAGGUAAUAAGGCUGGGUUUUGAUGAUAAUGUAAUUGUGGGUACCUCUAUCAUAGACAUGUAUAGCAAAUGUGGGCGAGUUGAAAUGGCUAGGAAAGCAUUUAAUGGUAUGCAGGUGAAGAAUGUGAAAUCGUGGACUGCGAUGAUAGCUGGCUAUGGAAUGCAUGGCUGUGCAAGAGAAGCUUUGGAAGUUUUCUACAUGAUGAUAAAGGUCGGGGUCAAACCAAAUUACAUUACUUUCAUUUCAGUUCUAGCUGCUUGUAGCCAUGCUGGUCUGUUAGAUGAAGGCCGGUAUUGGUUCAAUGCAAUGAAGCAUCAAUUUAAUGUAGAACCUGGGGUUGAGCAUUAUGGUUGCAUGGUUGAUCUCCUUGGGCGUACUGGUCAUCUCAAUGAAGCUUAUCAUAUGAUAAAGGGGAUGACAGCAAAGCCUGAUUUCGUACUAUGGGGUUCUCUUCUUGCAGCUUGUCGAAUUCACAAAAAUGUGGAGCUGGCAGAGAUUUCUGCUGGAGAAUUGUUUGAGCUAGACCCAAGUAAUUGUGGAUAUUAUAUCUUACUUUCAAAUAUAUAUGCCGAUGCUGGAAGAUGGAAGGAUGUUGAAAAGAUGAGAGUCCUUGUGCAAGAUCGUGGACUUGUUAAACCACCUGGAUUCAGUUUGGUUGAACUUAAGGGCAGAGUGCAUGUAUUCUUGGUUGGAGAUAAAGAGCAUCCUGAAUGUGAGAAGAUCUACAGGUUCUUGGAUGAACUAUAUGUGAAACUGCAACAAGCUGGGUAUGUACCUAAUAUGGAUUCAGUCCUUCGUGAUGUUGACGAGGAAGAGAAAGAAAUGACCCUGCGAGUUCACAGUGAGAAGUUGGCUGUUGCCUUUGGAGUCAUCAAUUCAUUUCCUGGUUCAAGAAUUCAUAUCAUUAAAAAUCUUAGGGUCUGUGGUGAUUGUCAUACUGUCAUUAAGCUUAUUUCCAAGAUUGUUGAUCGAGAAAUUGUGGUAAGAGACUCAAAGCGAUUUCAUCACUUCAAGGAUGGAUUGUGUACUUGUGGAGAUUAUUGGUGACACAUAAGAAUAAGAUUAUAGCUAUUUAAGACAAUUUAAUGGUUAUCUUCGGCUGGAUCAACAUCAACAAACUUAUAGCUAGGAAUUGGGGAACUAUAGAUGUGCUGUCCAAUUUCUGUUGAAUGCAAGAAAUACCUGUGAUAAUUCAUCUGAAAUACAAACUAUUUUCGAAGGUCUACUCAAGGUUCAUAUAUUUGCUUCAAAGAUUAGCUGUGCCUCAAUUGUUUUUCUGAUUCAAUGGUUACUGAAACUGCCGAAGAUGAUUUCUAAAUACAAAUGAAGUUCUGCUAUAGAAAUAACGAGAUAAGUAUGUGGUCUUUUUACUAUUUACUCUUUUGAUCAGAACACAUCAGAAAUUACUUAAGAGGACAUCUGCUUCAUAAAAUCAACCCACAGCCGGUUUACACUUUUGAUGUUAGAGACUGGAAUUGUGUCAGCCAUAGUGUUUGUCGAACCUGAAAAGGCAACAACUGAAAGUGUCUAAUCAUGAACAUCCCAGUCGAAACCGCUUAACUGAAAACAGUCGUCUAAAUUUUGAUAUCUGAAGUUGGUUACUCUUCCCUCCAACUUUUAAGCAACUAAUAGAACUUUGCAGGGCCCUGUUCUCACCCUUUAGCUGUUCCAGCUGAAACCGGAGCUUAUUAAUGAUCACUCUCUUUUCAAUAUUUCUCCUUGCCAACUCUAUGAGCUGCUGUAGAUUUUCCUCCAUUAGUUUUGUAGCUUGAUGCUUGAGUUCAGACCAUGGAUUCACCUGUUCAUGAACCAACUGAUAAUCAUCCAUCGUAAUAUGGAUAUCUUCCUUGUCACACAGAUCUAUUGCUUUUUCAUAACAAAGAUUUUCUCUAAUUUCAAUUUUCAUUUUCAUUUUCUUGUUGUGUGGCUCAGUUGACAUCAAUUCUGCUAUUAGCUUGUUCAGGUAUUCAAAGUCAAAAUUAGUGUUGUCACAAUCUACAUGAGGAUUGCCGCGAAUGGAAUUGCAUUCGACACAGGAAUCAAAAAGAUCAAAUGGGGAAUCAUUCGAACUCCCUAAAAGUCUUCUCUUGGUGUCAGCAUUAGAGGAUGAAGAAGAAGGCUCAUCGUUGCCCUCAUUCUUCUGUUCGAGUCUGCAUAUAUACAGAGAAAAAAAAAAAAAAGAUUGUACAAAGUAAAGCAUAAGGAAUAUGAAAGAGAACAUGAUAAAACUGUUCCAUUUUUCUCUUUGAUUACAGUUAGAGAAAAAAGAAAACUUCCUUGAUCUAAA